UCUAAGGGCAGCGGUUCUGAGUAGCUCGGAGGGGUCCGUGGCUGGAAGACCGGAAUACAUAAUCGCUGAGAUAGAUCCUUCAGAUUCAGCUAAGCUCCUGAUAGCAGUUGUAUAUAGACCGCCUAAAGCUGGACAUAUAGCAGAGUUCUUUCAAAGAUUCUCUGAUUACCAAACAAAUUACAGACAUUCGAUAAUUUUUGGGGAUUUCAACGCCGACUUGAACCAAAACACCUUUGACAGUCAACAGAUUCAAAACAGUGUUAACACCCUGGGAAUGUAUCUGGUACCGUACAAAUCCACGCAUCACUUAAGACAUUCAAGUACACUACUGGACUUAAGCAUAAUAGACGAUCGAGAUAAACUGAUGGAUUAUGGCCAGCAAGACGUGGCGUUCCUGUCUGCACACGAUCUAAUACAUAUAAAGUAUAGGAUCAAAAUACAGAGAACAUGCGGUAGGCGCAUCAUGUACAGAGACUGGAGCAGAUUAGAUAAGGACGCAUUAAUAAGUGACAUCUGUGGAAUUGACUGGACAGCCCUUUUGGCCUCUAAUAAUAUGGACGAAAAAGUUGAAGAGUUCAACACCAAACUAACUGAAAUUCUCAAUAAGCAGAUACCACUAAGAACAAGAUGUUUCAAGAACCUGCCAGCUCCAUGGCUGACGGAGGAAAUCAAACAGGAAAUGCGCAGCAGGGACCAAGCUAGGAGAACCUGGAGGAGGUAUAGAUGUGAUCGCUUGUAUAAAAGAUACAAAACAUUGAGAAACAACGUGCAGACAAUAGUGCGAGCAGCGAAGAAGGAGCACUACACGAAAAUGUUCAGUCGAGCAGGCAAGGCGGAGGAGAUCUGGAGAGGACUCAGACAUCUGGGACUCAUAAAGGCCAGAGCAGUAGGAGGGCGUUUAAGGCAUACAGUCGAGGAGCUCAGUGAUUUCUUUGCGCAGAGUGAUGAACAGUGGGAGCGGAGUGAUGAAAACGUCCUUGUGGAGGUGUGCUCUGGAGUCUUCAAUGAAGAUAAUUUUCAUUGGAAAUAUGUAGGGCCUGAAUCAAUUACUAAAGCUAUUGCCAAAAUGAAGUCAAAUGCAGUUGGUGCUGAUGGCAUACCACUGUCACUACUGAAGUGCUCAAUAACAUAUCUUACGCCAAUCAUUGAACAUUUAUUCAAUUACUCAUUAAUGAAUGGAGUUUUUCCCUCGAACUGGAAGAUAGCAGUGGUAUGUCCAAUCCCAAAAAUAAAAAGUCCGGUGACAGUUAAGGACUACAGACCUAUCUCUAUACUGCCGGUCCUGGCGAAGGCCCUCGAAAGA